CGUAUCAAAUGGAAAUAUAUUGAUGAUUCCAAGGAAAAUAUAUACAGGAAGCAUUAGAUUUGGAUGACUUACUACCACAAAUUGGUGAAUUUGGACGUUAUCAAAAAAUUUUAAUAUGGUGUAUAUGUUUACCAUCAUGCUUACCAUGCGGAUUUUGUGCAUUCAAUCAAUUGUUUAUGACUGAUGUACCAAGAGAUUAUUGGUGUUUAAUACCAGAAUUAUAUAAUAAUACCAUUAUUUCACCAGAGUAUCGACGAUAUUUAUCAAUUCCACCAAUUACGAAUGAUUUUUAUAAUAUUACACCUGAUGAACAAAUUAAUUUUAAUAAAACACAAUGGCAUAAAUGUAUACGUUAUGCCAUAAAUUGGACAGAAAUAUUAGAACAAACAAAUAUUGAGGAUAUUGUACCAAAUCCAACAUGGCCAACAGAACCAUGUACAAAUGGUUGGGAAUAUGAUUUAACUGAUAUUGAAUCGUCCAUAGUUGUUGAUUUUAAUUUAGUAUGCGAUCGAGCUAUUUACCCAACAAUUGGAUUAGCCGCCUUAAAUGUAGGUGGACCAGUCGGUGUAUAUUUCUUUGGCGUAUUAAAUGAUCGAUUGGGGCGCCGCAUAUCAUUUUUUUCUUGUUUGGCAACUUUGAUAUUUGGUAAUUGUUUAACAGCACUAUCCCCAAAUUUUUGGUGCUGGGCAUCAAGUCGAAUAAUUGUUGGAUUAACUAUUCCAGCUGUCUAUCAGAUACCAUUUAUUAUUUCAUUAGAAUUAGUUGGUCCAAAUUAUCGUUCUUUUGUCACGGUCUUAACCUGUUUAUUCUACACAUGUGGCUUAAUGCUGUUAGCUGGGGUCACUUAUCUAGUACGAAAUUGGGUCGCACUAUCAUUAGUGACAUCUACACCAUUUCUAUUAUACUUUAUAUAUUGGUUCUUUUUACCAGAAUCACCACGAUGGUUAUUAGCAAAAGGUCGUCUAGAAGAAGCGUUAAAAAUAUUAGAGAAUUUAGCAAAAGUGAAUAAUAAAGAAUUACCACCAGCAUUUCGUCAAAAAUUGAAACAACGUAUGAUGUUACAUCGUACAUUAAGUGAGGAGGCAAGAUUAAAAAAUGGCCCUGGUAUUGGAUCUUUAUUUAGAACGCCCAAUAUGCGCUUAAAAACAUGCUUAAUUACACUUAAUUGGUUUGCAAGUGAAAUGGUAUAUGUGGGUUUAAGUUAUUACGGACCGGCACUUGGUAGUAAUCAAUAUUUAAGUUUUUUAUUAUCAUCUGCAGUGGAAAUACCUAGUUAUCUAUUAUGCUGGCUAGUUAUGGAUCAUUGGGGCCGACGAUGGCCACUAGCGAUUAGCAUGAUUUCAAGUGGAAUACUUUGUACAAUCACUGUCUUACUUCCAGACGAUGCAGUAGUAGCUACAUUAGUAUUAUUUUUGUUAUCAAAAUCAGCGAUAUCAGCUUCAUUUUUGAUAAUAUAUCCAUUUUCUGGUGAAUUGUAUCCAACACAAGUGCGUGGUAUUGGUAUUGGAUUAUCUGCUUAUGUGGGUGGUUUUGGUUUAAUAUUAAUUCCAUUCAUCACAUAUUUAGGCUCAGAAAAUUUGAAAAUGCCUUUAGUAAUUAUGGGUACAAUAUCAGUAAUUGGUGGUUUGUCAUGUCUGCGCUUACCAGAAACAUUACAUUACCGCCUACCCCAAACUGUAGAGGAGGGGGAAAAAUUUGGUGCUGAUUGGACAUGGAAUGACUGUGUACGCUGUGUGCCUUUAAAACCAGAAGUAUCGACAUCUUCACCGUACCAAGAAACAGACAUUGAAAAUGAUGUAGAAAUGAGUACGGUUAGUAUGAGAAAUGAUAAUAAUGAAGAGACUACACCAUUGGACUCAAUGAAACGUAGAAGAUCGUUAAAUCGUUUAAUGCGUCAACAAAGUGUGAUGGAUACGCAACGGGACUCAGAUGGUGCUAUGAAAAUGACAUAUUGGUUUUAAAUUAAUUUCAAAUAUUGUUGUUGUUAAAUUAAACAAAAGUAUAUGCUUAUGUAAUAGUUAAUUAUA